GGUGGGUGCCGUCGACAUUGACGGUGGUAAGCUCCUCUUGCAAGCACGCCGGUAACUACCAAAAACAAGAAAACAGCCUAGAGACCAUUUUGAGAGGUUCGAAGCAGCACUGUAACAGCUCGAACAAAUUCGACUUUUUCUCAGCAAGUAAAUCAGAUAAGAAGAGAUGGAGCGUGGAGGCAGAGGUGGCGGACGGAGUUUCGGCGGCACACGCGUCUACGUCGGCGGGCUGACGGACGCGGUGAAGAAGGAGGAGAUCGAGCGCGAGUUCGAGAAGUUCGGCACGCUAAGCCACGUGUGGGUGGCGUUCAACCCUCCCGGCUUCGCGUUCAUCACAUUCGAGAACGAGCACGAGGCGCAGUCGGCCGUGGACCACCUGAACGGCAGCGAGCGCUUUGGCACUAAGCUGCGCGUCGAAGUGUCCCGCAGCAGAGGCCGCGGCGGUGGCGGACGCGGAGGCGGCCGUCGCGACUUUGGCGGCGGCGGUGGCCGCGGAGGCGGCGGUCGCAGCGACUUCGGCGGCGGCAGGCCGUACGACCGCUUUGGCGGCGGCGGCGGUGGUGGUCGUGACGACCACCGCGGCGGCGGCGGUGGCCCCCGCCAACGCAGCAGGUCUCCCCCGGGACGAAGCGACUACUACGAACAGAGCUACCGCUCUCGAGACCAAUACUCGGGCGACACCGCCAGAAAUUACCCGUCGCACGGAGGCGCCAACAGAUACUAAGAACUCGUCGUCGGUGUGCGACCAGCCACUGCUAAAUUGGUCAGCACAAGACUGUCUCCGAAAUCUGCUACAGCUUCACGAAAAAACAAACA